AUGGGUGGCGGCAGAGCUCCCGGAUACGGUGUCCCGCCAUCGCGCUCCCCUUCCGCCUCAUCCUCCGGUGAUGAGGUCGAGACAACCGCCGAAGAAGAGGACUCGGAGGAUUAUUGCAAGGGCGGUUACCAUCCCGUCCAGAUCGGCGAGACCUACAACAAUGGUCGCUAUAUCGUCGUGCGCAAACUGGGGUGGGGUCACUUCUCGACCGUCUGGUUGUCCCGCGAUACCACCACGGGGAAACACGUCGCCCUCAAGGUCGUCCGAUCCGCUGCCCACUACACCGAAACCGCCAUCGACGAGAUCAAACUCCUCAACCGCAUCGUUCAAGCGAAGCCCUCCCACCCCGGUCGCAAACACGUCGUCAGCCUCCUCGACUCCUUCGAACACAAGGGCCCCAAUGGCGUCCACGUCUGCAUGGUAUUCGAGGUCUUGGGGGAGAAUCUGCUGGGCUUGAUCAAGCGAUGGAACCACCGCGGCAUCCCGAUGCCUCUGGUGAAGCAGAUCACGAAACAGGUCCUCCUCGGCCUGGACUACAUGCAUCGGGAAUGCGGCAUCAUCCACACGGACCUGAAGCCGGAGAACGUCCUGAUCGAGAUCGGCGAUGUUGAGCAGAUCGUCAAGACCUACGUGAAGGAGCAGGCGAAGAAGGAUCACAAGGAGGACAAUCGCAACGGGAGACGGCGUCGCCGGACGUUGAUCACGGGCUCGCAGCCGUUGCCCAGUCCGCUCAACACCAGCUUCGAUUUCAAACACAGUUCGCAGAACUCCCACAGCAGUCUCAGUCAGAUGGUGAACGAGUCCCAACCCCAAGAAGGCACGUCGAUGAAGGACCUGUUGGGCGUCAAAGAGGAGGAUGAGCAACAACAAACACGAGAGAAGACAGCUGAUCUUCUGGAACGGGAGGUGUCCGGCAUCUCGCUAGACAAAUCCUCGUCCAAGAGCUCCGCCGACGAGCCCGACCUCGACAUCAUUUCCGUCAAGAUCGCCGACCUGGGGAAUGCAUGCUGGGUCGGCCACCACUUCACCAACGACAUCCAAACACGACAGUAUCGGUCGCCCGAAGUGAUUCUAGGAUCUAAAUGGGGCGCCAGUACAGACGUCUGGAGUAUGGCUUGCAUGUCAUUCGAACUCAUCACCGGCGACUACCUCUUCGAUCCGCAAUCUGGAACAAAAUACGGCAAAGACGACGAUCACAUCGCGCAGAUCAUCGAACUGCUAGGGCCGUUCCCGCGGUCGCUCUGCCUGUCCGGGAAGUGGUCGCAAGAGAUCUUCAACCGCAAAGGUGAGCUGCGAAAUAUCCACCGACUUCGGCACUGGGCGCUGCCGGACGUGCUGCGGGAGAAGUACCACUUCUCCAUGGAGGAGGCCAUGCGCAUCAGCGAGUUCCUCCUCCCGAUGCUGGAGGUGACGCCCGAGCGACGAGCCAACGCGGGCGGGAUGGCAUCACACAACUGGCUGCAAGGCACACUCGGCAUGGACGGGGUUGAACUGGGGAUCGCACCGGGGAGUCGAGGCGAAGGGAUCGACGGGUGGGCUAUGGAAGUGAAGAGGAGAUGA